UUAAAUUAUAUAAAAUCAAAAUUAAAUUUUCAAUAUAUAUUUAUUAUGAUACUUUUACUAUAAAUCAUAACCUACAUUAGAGUCACAAAACUUGAAAUGUCAUCUGUCAAUUAAUCAGCUGAUCUACUCAUCUUAUAUACUCUUAUACGUCAGUUGGUCUGAAAUAAAUAUUCAAAAUCGAUGGCGAUUUGAGGUUAUUAACGAAACUUGUUUAAAAUCUGAAAUACUUUAAAUUAGUGGCUUAAUUAAUUUUCUAAUAAUAGAAAAAAUGACUGCAAAAGUGUAUCAGCCAGAUCCUGAGUUUGAGCAACGCGUUAAAAAAGCUACUGAACGUAUAUCUGAAAACAUGCAUAUAGUUGCUAAUGAACCGUCUUUAGCAUUUUAUCGUUUACAAGAGCAUGUAAGGAAAGCCUUACCACCUAUGGUUGAGAAACGUGUUGAAGUACUUGCAUUACAACGUCAAUUACAAGGAAGAUGUUAUGAUGUUGAAUACGCUGUAAGUGCUGUUAAAACUAUGCAAAAGGCAGAGAAAAAUUUUAGUAAUACUAUUGAGUAUCUUAAAAAUGCAAUUCAUUUAAAACAGCAAUUGAAAUUUGAAGAACAAAAAAGACAUAAAAAAGACGGACAAAGGGAUUCUAUGUAUAAAAGAUUAUCAGCUCAUAUUACAACCUUAGAUUAUCUACCUGAUGAAAUAUCUGAUGUUGUAAGAGAAACAGCCAAUAAAGUUGAAUCGAUGAUGAAUCACGCAAGACAUUCUAAUUCUAAUGAAUUACAAAGAGCUAAUACUACUAAUAAUUAAUAUUUAUAUUCAACUCAUAAUUUCAUGCGUUAUUGUUGUUAAGAAUUGUUUUAAAUGCUAAUUUUAUUUAAAUCUGUCAUUAUUGAGUGAUAAUCAGAAAUAUAAUUUGAUAUUAAAUGUCAGGAUAGAAAUUUUAGAUGUCAAUCAUAAUUUUAUUAUUUUUUUUUUAUGUUUUUAUAAUUGUUAUAUAUUUUUUUUAUUUUGAGUGAGCGAACGAAAUAAAUGUUUUUACCAAUUAUCUCUGGAUUGAUUAUUUUUAAAAAUAAUUCACAUAUUUUUUGUUCGAUGGCGCCUAAAUCGACUUUGUGUACGUCUAACCUAGACUCCAAAUAGUUGAUGUAACCCACAGAGAAAAUAAAUAAUUUUCUGUUUCAAAA